GCGAUUCGAGUUUAGAUUUUGUUCAACUUAAAACCUUGAUUUCUUUUUGUUUUACUGCGAUUCUAUGUGCUAUCGUUUUAGCCAAUUAGUAUGUGACAGUUUUUUAUCGGCAUUAUCUACAAUGAUUAGUGUAACUACUUUAUAACAUGUCUGAAGAAAUGGACAUGAAUGUAAACAACCUCUCCGCUGCCGAAGAGGCUUUUGAGGUAUCCCAAUCAAAUUCCUUGUAUUUAGAAAAUGAGAGUGUCUCUUCUCCUGGCAGAGAGUGCUCGCAGCCUGCUGCCGUAGAUGUCGGCGAAUUAAGCGAUAUGUCCAUAGAAAACGAUCUAGUAUCGUCCACCAACAACGAGGAUCAAUCGCAACUAAGUUACUGCAACUUGGAUGUAGGCAGCGAAGUGAACAUCAACGAAGAUGAGCCAGACGAAACCACAUUUGAUCUUGGUAACGAGGCCAACUCUGAACCUAGUAAUUCACUUGAUACCGAUAAUGUGCAAGAACCAAGUUAUGCAGUAAGUAACGAUGUGGAUAACGACGUAGACGUGGAGGCAGACGAGACAGUGGAUAUAGAAGCGGUGAGCAGCUCAGAAGUAUGUCAGCCUACUAGCUUAUCUCCUUCGAAACAAGGUAGAGGUAGGGGCAGAGGCAGAGGGAGAGGACGGGGAAGAGGGAGAGGCCGAGGCAAGGGCAGAGGUAGGAAAACAACAUCAUUUAAUGAUUCAACCUCUAUUAAUUUCGGCACAGACGUUUCUAGUGAUAUUAGUGCAAAUAUAAGUUCAGAACCUCUUCCUGAGAAUACACUACACUCCCCGAACAACAAUAUUGACUCAAUUCAAACUGACACAAAUGGCUUUCUAGCAUCAUCAAUUCAGAGUAUGGACACUUCCACUGAACAAGUCCCUGUAACUAGAAAAAGGGGCAGGAAAAAGAAAGAGCCACCUGUUGUAAGUGAUACUGGAAGCUUGGAAAGUCCGGAAGGUGUAAGUCCAAAAGUUCCUCGUAGAAGAGCUCCACCAGUUAAAGAUACUGGAAGCUUGCAAAGUCCAGUAGUUGAAAGUCCAAGAACUUCCCGUAGAAGAGGUCGGCCAAGGAAAAAUUCAAGUCUGAAUGAUAUAACUGAAAACCAAGCAGUCAAUGGGAAUUCUUUACCUGUCACUGCCAGCUCUUCCGAAAUCAAAGACCUUAAUAAAAUGGUUGAAAAUUUGUCCCAACUUGAAGACAAGUUGCGUAAAUUACAAGACAACCUAUCAAAUAUAGAGAAAUUAGAGGAGGAUGACGAUGAUGAUGAGGAAGACAUGUGCUUAAGUCAGCUGAAAACAUCAAUUGACUGUGAAAGAGCAUCUGAAGCCAAGGAUCCCAUAUUGCAAGGGUUGCAAGAAAUGCCUUCUUCACCAUUGCCUGAACCUGAGGCAGAUUUGAAUAAUGGAAUUGAUGAAAGUGCAAGUGCUCCUAGUGAGCCUAUCACCCAGGCUGAGGUCACCAAAGACAAUGAUGCCACCACAAAAGAAACAGACACCCCAUUGACAGAAAACAUUACACUAGAAAAAGUUACAGCAGAAAAUAUACCUACAGAAAAUAUAACUACAGAAAACGUAACUACAGAAAAUGCAACUACAGAAAAUGUAACUACAGAAAACGCCACUGCAGAAAAUAUAAUAAGCAAUAAAGUUGAAAAUAAGUGUAUGGAUGAGUCACUUCUUGUCGAAGAUACUUCUAAGAGACCUAAGAGAAGAAAUGCGAAGAAAACGUUAAAAUACAGAAAUGAUGAUGAUUCUGAUGAAGAUCCAUUUGCUAAUGUUGAGCUUUCGGAUGAUGAUGAACCAAGAAGAAAAAAGAAAAGUGGCAGGUAUAACUCUGAUGAUGAAUACAUACCGGGAAGAAAAGGACGAACAAGCUCCAUAGACUCCUCAGAUAGUGCAGUUGGUGAUGCACUAGAUGAGUUAGAAGAGCUAAAAAUGACAACAAAGAAAAGAGGGCGAAAGAAAAAAGAUGUUCAAUUAGAAGGAGAGAAAAUGCCUGUUAUUUCAGACGUAAUUAGCCAAAGUCCUAUGAAAACAUCAAGUUUGAAUACAGUUGAAGAUAAAAAAGAACCUUGGAGGUUUUCACCUAAUACAGUUGAGGAUUUGUGUGAUGACACUGAAGAGCAACCAUCUGCAAAUAAUGAAAUCAAACCUACACCGCCUCCACAGUCUUCAAAUACUUGGGGUUCAAGUAAGGAGUUUGAAAACUUCCUUGCAAAGAAAACACAGGGCACUAAUUUGAAAAUUAAAAAAGUGCGUAAUAUAUCAAGGUCAUCACCAAGUGUAGUAGUACCUAUAGAAAUCCCAGUCUUAGAAGCAAACGAAGUUAAGAAGAAAGUAGAAGCAUCUGCACAAACCAACAAAGUUUAUACUGAAACUACAAGUACUCAGACUAGUGGGCCCUGCACACUUUCAAUGAAGACCAAUGUUCCUUUAAAUAGUGAACAGUCAGAAAAUGCAUGCAAAUUCCUUACUAGCAUUGUGAAAACUACUUCAGAAUUAGGAACCCUGAUGACUGAAAAGUCUGAUGACUUUAUUCAAAAGAAAAUAAACACAACUAAUGUUGUAGACACUUUUAAGAUAGAUUAUUGUGUCAAAAAAUCAUUUUUACUACUGAAACUUGCCAAACAUAAUAUUAUGCAAAUGGAAGAGGACUUAUCCAAUCAAUAUGAGAAGUUUCUACAAGAAAAUGACCUAUCAUCAUACAGGGAACAAGAGAAGAAAUUAGAGCCUACACCCAAAAAGGAAAAAGAAGACAGUGAUAGUGACUGUGAAAUAGUUGGGGAAACACCACCUCAAAAGGUGAAGGUUGAAGUGAAAAAAGAAAGCAAACCCAAAUUCAACCCAAAAACAGUAUUUUUAAAUAAAGAACUUUCCAUCAAAAUUGCUAAAAAGCCAAGUGAAGAAGUCAAGAGCAAUAAAAAUAUUAACAUCAAAGGCAGACACACUGUGUGGAUCAGUGAUUCGGUGAUGGUAAAGAAAGUAAAGGGCUCGCAGUCUUUUUUAGCCCAGGACAGCCGAAAUAAAAAACCACCUGAUAAUAAAAUUACAGAAAAAAUGGUAAGUGAUUUUUUUGAGGAUUAUUAUCGCCAGAAAGCAUUAUUUGCGUGUGCUCCAUUUGUAUCCACGGAAUGGUCUACCUGGCGAUACAACAGAUACAUCUGCCAAUAUUUUACUGUUGAACCUGAUAAUCUUACAAAUGGUAAUAUUUCUAGAACUGAGGAGAUUUUCACGGACAAUGAAAGUAACCCAAGUGUGAGUGAAAGUGGCAAUGAACUUAGUGAGAAAAUAAAAUGUGAAGUUAGCAAAUUAAGCAACCCGACAACACUUUUAUCAAUUUGCUUGAAGAAUCUGCACGAACUCUUUUACCUGAGGGAAUCUAGUGAUAUUAUCAAUACUUUUUCCAUUCCCAAAUGCACAAUUGAUAAUAGUGCAGCUCAGUUUUAUCAGCCAAAAACACUAUUUUCUUCAUGCUGUGAGCACCUGAAAAAAAAUCAGCUGAAUUUCAGGGGACAACAUAAGUUGUUAGUAAAUGCUCCCAAGAUUGUACCUCAAAAUCAAAUUGAAAAUUCAGGUGAAGAUGAAGACAAUCAAGAAGAGGACAUUUGUUUACUAAAUGCUUCAGAAAUCCUAACCCAAAAUAUACCCUCCUUGAAAGCAUUGUGCCUGAAAAUAAAUCAGCUGAAUUUGAGGGGACAACAUAAGUUGUUAGUAAAUGCUCCCAAGAUUGUACGUCAAAAUCAAAUUGAAAAUUCAGAUGAAGAUGAAGACAAUCAAGAAGAGGACAUUUGUUUACUAAAUGCUUCAGAAAUCCUAACCCAAAAUAUACCCUCUUUGAAAGCAUUGUGCCUUUCAAAAAUAAUCAGACUUGACUUUGCAAAUAGCAUAAAAAGUGAUAAUAAGACUGUAAUGUCUACUAGUGAAAUUGAUGAAACUGAAUAUUGUGAAAGUGACUUCUCAUGUGAUGAUUGCAGCCAAGAAGUCAAGUCUUUGGUGACUUUAUGUGUUCAGGUAAUCCAACAAGGACAAAAAGUUCUUCAACCUAAUAAGCCAAGUGAUUUUUGUGUUAAGGACACUUUCUCAUUUAGAUCUCCAAAUUCUUUGAAGCAUAUUGCUUUUAAAUGUAUAACAAGUUUACUAAAUGAAUGUCACAUAAUUGACACUGCUAAGUCACAAAAUGAAAUUGUAUGUAAUUUAACUCCCCAUAAAGUGAAAAAGCUAGCUGAUAUAUGCUUUGAUAUUGUAUCAAAGUUGUAUGAAGCUGACGAUUCUCAAAUAACUGAAAGUGCUGAAACCCCACCUAUAGCACUAACUAUCAAUGCCAUUAAUACACUCUCAGAAGAAGCAUUCCUUAAUAUUGAUGAAAAUACAAAUGAUCAAGAUAAUUCCGAUUAUUAUGAAGAUGGUGGUGGCUCUUUUUAUGAGGAUGAAUCCAUGGAACCCAAUUAUAAUGAAGAUGAAGAUAAUGGAGAUCAUAGGGAAAAUGAAAAUUGGAUCUCUAAAGUACAGUUAAAAGAACUUAUGUCUUGUGUUGAAUCUGACAAACAAAAAAAUGAGCCAAAACCCAUCCCUGAAAAUGAUAAUAUUCAGGUAGCAACUGAGAAUUAUCCUCUUAUUGCUAAUAUCAAAACAGAACCGGGUUUAGAGGAGGCACCUGCUAUUGCUGAGAACUUUGUUCCUAUUAUUAAAACUGAACCAGAUCAUUAUGUUGAUCAAAUGACCAUCAUACCAGAAAGUGUUGUUACAAAAACGGAAUCUUUUGAUAAUGUUGAUCCAUUACCCGUUGGUAGAGAACCAAUUCAAAGACAAAGUAGUGCAAGUUUUGAUGAAGAAAAUUUUGAAAGUUUUGUUAGGUCGAACAAAAUGAUACAUGCUAUUAGCACAUACGAAAAUGAGAAUGAAGAAACAUUUAGUCAAAGUGCUUUACGAGUUCGCAGACAACAUGAACCUGAUUCUGAUAACGAAAAUGACACGAGUAUGAGUUUACUAAUACCACAUACAUUUGAGCCUCUCACUGUUGAAUCGGCUAAAGGAAGCCUUCUGGAAAACAGCGAGAGUGACAGUGAAAAUGUUGGUAAAAAGAAUAACAAACGAAAACCUGGUAGACCAAAGACAAGUAAAACAAAGAAACCUGAUCCUCCAAAACAAACCAAAGAAGUACCUGCAAAAGAAAAUAAAGAAGCACCUUCAAAAGAAAACAAAGAAGUCCAGUCAAAAGACAAUAAAGAGGUACAGUCAAAAGACAAACCUGUUCAUGUUAAUGAGCUAGCAAUACUAACUAGACGAAUGCGAGAACGAAUUAGACAAGAGGAGAAAAAAGGCGCGUCGUCCGAUUCGGACUCAGAAAAUGUGGCACAAACCUCAAAGAAAGAAAAAGAAACAAAGAAAGAAACGAGACGAUCACGAUUGGCUGCUAAAAAUAACACUCCUGUGGAUGAGGAGAUACAGUGCAAUAAUGUAGAUUCAACAGAACAAAUAACGGAUACUACUGCUAAUAAAUCCAAGGAUGAAACUGGAACAAAUCCCAAAGAAGAUAAUAAGUUCACUGGAUUUACUGCUGUUGAUCAAAAUGAAAUUUCUACAUAUCAUAAAUACGUUAAAUAUGUUUAUGACCAAAUUUUACCAAAAGUAAAUGAGGAGACUGAAUCGAAAACUACAGAAGAAAAAUCAAACAAAGAUGAAAAGACAAAGGAUACUGAACAAGAGACAGAUGAGAUAAUAAAUUCACAGGAACCAAUAGAACUUUUAGAAUGCACACCUACAAUGCCAAUAUUUGAGGAAGAGGAGGCUAAACCUAAUCGAAAACCUUCCACAAAAUCACCAGGCAAAAAGAAAGAAGCUAAACAUGCUAAAGAAGAAUCAGUAAGUAAAGACAAAGAGGAUGCUAAACAUGAUAAUAAUGGGAAAAAAGAACUAUUUGGCAAAGAACCUCAGGAAAGUGAAUUAUUCACUGAACGCAAUGGAUGGAAGUGCUAUCCGAUUCUCAGUAGUGAUACAAAACUUUAUGAACAAGUCCCCAUCAUUCCCUUGGAAAAAUUACCAGAAUCUUUUGUUCAGACAUAUUUUGAAUAUCAAGAGAUAGCGGUAAAAAGCAAAGACGAUGAAGAAAUCGAUAGAUUAACAAACCUUCAGUCUUUGAAUAGGUUAUCUUUAUCUAGUGUAAAGAAACCUAAUAGAGUCCGCAAAGAAAAAGUGGCAGGUGAAGAGCAGGCAAAGUCUUCUCAUGAUGAUGAUGAACGACCGGAAAGUCCUGCAGACGCAGACGCAGGUCAUUACAAUGAAUUGUUACCAUCUGAAGAUGAAGGUGAUAACUAUGAGGACGAUUUUACAACACCAGGUCCAGAUGCUACGGAAAACAAUGUGGCGAAAAAUUUGCUCAUGAAUGAUGAUGAUGACGAGGACGACACACCGCUAUCUAAUAGAAAAAUCAAGAAAGAAGUUGAUGCCACAUAUAAAAAGAAGAGGCCCGGGCCGAAAUCCAAAACAGUUGAUAUAAAACAGGAACAUGCAGAUUCGUUAAUGCUUACUGCAGACAAGAUGAUGAACAAAGAAUUGACCCUUUUACAUGCACCAGUAGUUUUAGAUAACGAAAAUGCGAAAACACCUGUUAAAGGUCCUGUUACAAGGAAUAAACCGAGAAGUGGUACAAAGAGCGGUGGUAAGGGAGAUCGAAUAAAGUCUGAUGAUUCCUCAUCAGAGGAAGAAAAACAAUGGGUUAAUACUAAAGAAAAACUUCUAAAAAGAAUGGGGAAAAAACAAGAGACUGCAAUAGAAGACGAUGCUAAGCGAGCUAAACUUGUGAAUGAGUUCAUAGAGCGACGGAACACAGGCGACAAGCCUUUGAUAUUGAAUCAUAAACCUCGCGGUCGAUCCAGACGUUCUAGAAAGAAGAUGUUGGAAAGGCAGAAGCAGAUGAGAGUGCUGUCGUACGAGCUACUCGGAGAAGCGGGACCGCACGCCACAAAAGGAAGUUCCGCAGCAUAUUUCAAGGGACGGCGUAAUAUUAGAAAGGUCAUUGAUAAGAAAUCCUUGGCCCGGAGUACUGUGAUAGCUAAUAUGGAGGAAUUCGAGAGAAAGCGAAGAUUGAGCAUGAAACAGAAACAACUGGAAGAAAUAUUAGGCUGCGAAGAGGGUGUAAAUGUGAUAGUGACUAAUGACGAGGUCUGCUUGGAGUACGACUUCGAUAUAGGCCAGCCUGCGGUCACAGUGCAUCCGUUCUUUACCAAAGUUAUGAAAGCGCAUCAGUACGAAGGUGUCAAAUUCAUGUGGGACGCGUGUUUCGAAAGCCUGGAGCGCGUCCAGUCGGGCCACCCAGGCGGCGGCUGCAUAUUGGCGCACUGCAUGGGACUCGGGAAGACCUUACAAGUCCUAGCCCUGUUACACACAGUAUUAACGCACCCGGGCGUGGGCAUGCGACGUGUGCUCGUCUGCUGCCCGCUGUCGACGGUGUUGAACUGGGUUGACGAAAUACACAAGUGGAUCGGACCCGUUACGGACGAAAUAAAGCCCAGUAAAAUGAGACGGAAGCUACAGGUUUUCGAACUAUCAAAACUAAAAAAAACUUACGAGCGAGCGUACCAAUUAGAGGACUGGUACAACGGGGGCGGCAUUUUCAUCGUCGGAUACGAACUAUUCCGGAGUCUGACAACCCUGGACGCCGAACUAGAUGACGUCAGACAAACGAUCAUAGACAAGAUACGCACAGCCCUACUCGACCCAGGCCCGGACAUUAUAGUCUGUGACGAAGGACAUUUAUUAAAGAAUGAUUGCUCGGUGCUAGCGGUGGCUAUGAGCAGGGUUGCCACUCGCCGAAGGAUUGUGCUGACGGGGACGCCGAUGCAGAAUAAUUUGAGAGAGUAUUAUUGCAUGGUGAACUUUGUGAAGCCUAAUCUGCUUGGGACGUACUCGGAGUAUUCUAACAGAUUCGAAAACCCCAUAAUGAACGGUCAGCACCGCGACUCCGUAGUUGAAGACAUAAAGCUAAUGAAGGCACGUACCCACAUCCUCCACAAAGUCUUAGAAGGCUGCCUCCAAAGGCAGGAGGCCUCUGUACUAUACCCUUACUUACCAAAGAAACACGAAUACACAGUAUUCAUAUCCCUAACGAGAUGCCAGUGUGACUUGUACAAGCAUUACCUCAAUGUGUACGCGAACAAGAAUAAGCAGAGUAUAUUGAAGGACUUCCAUACGUUGCAGAAGAUAUGGUCGCAUCCUCAGGUGUUGCAUAAUUUCAAUAUGAAAGCAAGGGACGAGAAGAUGAAAGUUAAAGCCGAGAAGUUAGAAGACGACUUAGCGCGCGAAGACCUGACUGCCAGCGAGGACAUGAAGCCAUCGAGCACGGACGUGUGGUGGCUGCAGUACCUUGAGGGCGGCGACAUGUUGGAGCGGCUCGAGAGCUCCAACAAGUUCAUCACCGUCUUCAGGAUCCUGGAGGAGGCCGUUGCGCUGGACGACAAAGUUUUAAUAUUCUCCACGUCGCUGAUCACCAUGGAUUCGCUGGAGUACUUCCUGAAGAAGAUCAACAACUGGAGUCUCGGGCAGGAGUACUACCGGCUCGACGGCUCCGUGCCGCCCGAGGUGCGCCAGAAGUGGUGCCGCGAGUUCAACGCCGAGCACAACUACAAGACCAAAUUGUUCCUAAUCUCAACCCGUGCCGGAUCCCUCGGUCUGAACAUGACGGCCGCCAACCGUGUCAUCAUAUUGGACACCUCUUGGAAUCCAGCCCACGACAUACAGAGCAUCUUCCGAGUGUACCGCUUCGGGCAGAAGAAGGACUGCUACAUUUACCGACUGGUGGCGUUGGGCACUAUGGAACAGAAGAUCUACGAACGAGCCGUGACGAAACAGGCGGUGUCGUGUCGCGUGGUGGACGAGCAGCAGAUUGACAGACACUACAACAUGGCCGAGCUCACUGAGUUAUACAGGUUCGACGAGACGGGCACUAGCGUGGCCGGCGGCGUGGCGGUGGGCGUGCAGGACGUGGUGCUGCUGCGCGUGGCGCGCGACGCCGCGCUGCACGCCGUGCACGAGCACGACUCGCUGCUGCGCGGCUCCGAGGCCGCGCUGUCCGAGCACGAGCGCGCCGCCGCCUGGCAGCAGUUCCAGCAGGAGACGCAGCACAACCAGAUGCCGCAGGAUAAAGUGCCCAAAAAAGAGAAAAAAGGAACUAAAAGAAGCCUUCCACUGGUUCCGGUGCCGGAUGUUAAGCCGACGCUGCCCGAGGUCAAACCGGAACCACACGCCGACGCGGACUACACGCCUACUGAGCCUAAAUCGAAGCGAGGGAGGAAGAAGAUCAUAAAAUGCCGCAUUCCGAUCCAAAGGCAGACCCCGCAGCCGUCCACCAGCAGCCAGCCAGACUAUUUCGUCGACAGGAGGCAGGAAACCGACAUCGUCGCCCAGAUCUCACAGAUUCUAGUCAGUCACGAUUUCAACAAUAGGAGGACGCCGCGGGAUCUGUCCAAACUUAUAUCGACUGUCCAGCAGGUCGUCGCGAGCGGGGACCUGAGCAAACUGCCGCCCGGGGACGAGGCGGCCGCGGCCAUCGCGCAAAUACUGCUGCGGAAGAACUCUCCCGUCGCACCCCAGCCUAUGCCGGCCCUCACCGACAUACGGACCCCUCCGCCCCUCAUCGACAUACGGACCCCUUCCGCCCUCAUCGACAUACGGACCCCUCCCGCCCACACCGCCAUACGGACCCCUCCGGCCCUCACCGACAUACAACAAACGAUACCUAGCAAUCCACCACUCGAACAAGAAGACGCGGAAACCAUCACUGGCGAUCUAACCUCCAAACCGGACGCCAACGUAAAAAGAAAAAGGCGAGCGGCCGUAUCAGCGCAGAAGAAGUUCGACACCAUAGCGGACGACGUAGUCAUAGAUCUCAACGACGACGACUGGCGCGGCGACGACGACUUCAUCGUCGCGCCGACUCGAAACCCGGAGCCCGAGAAGGCAGAAAGAAAAGAAACAAAAUACAAACCGGGUCCGAAGAGUAAAAAGAAGCCGGUGGAAACUCCACCGGAGACGCCACAGCAGCUAGCGCAGACCAUUCAACAAUCCAUAGUGGAAGAAAGUAUAUUACUAAGCGACGAUGAAAUCGUGCCUGAAGUUCGACCCGUGACAGUGAAACAGGAGCCUUCAGCGAAGAAGGGCGAAGAGAAGUACCCGCUCCACCCGUCGCUGCUCACCAACGAGAACUUCAUAAAGAUAGUGGCGCACACGUACCUGGCCGGGAACCCCAUGCUGGACGAGGACGCGGCCACGCUGGCGGCGCGGUACAGCACCGGCAAGGCGCUGCGCGAGACCGAGGCCACCGGCAAGCCCAUCGACAGCGGGCCCAUCUACGACAUCGCUGACGCGGCCACGCUGGCGGCGCGGUACAGCACCGGCAAGGCGCUGCGCGAGACCGAGGCCACCGGCAAGCCCAUCGGCAGCGGGCCCAUCUACGACAUCGCUGUUCAGGACGCGGCCACGCUGGCGGCGCGGUACAGCACCGGCAAGGCGCUGCGCGAGACCGAGGCCACCGGCAAGCCCAUCGACAGCGGGCCCAUGUACGACAUCGCUGUUCAGGUAACUACCAACAUUACUGGACGAGGACGCGGCCACGCUGGCGGCGCGGUACAGCACCGGCAAGGCGCUGCGCGAGACCGAGGCCACCGGCAAGCCCAUCGACAGGGGCCCAUCUACGACAUCGCUGUUCAGGUAACUACCAACAUUACUGGACAAGGACGCGGCCACGCUGGCGGCGCGGUACAGCACCGGCAAGGCGCUGCGCGAGACCGAGGCCACCGGCAAGCCCAUCGACAGGGGCCCAUCUACGACAUCGCUGUUCAGGACGCGGCCACGCUGGCGGCGCGGUACAGCACCGGCAAGGCGCUGCGCGAGACCGAGGCCACCGGCAAGCCCAUCGACAGCGGGCCCAUCUACGACAUCGCUGUUCAGGACGCGGCCACGCUGGCGGCGCGGUACAGCACCGGCAAGGCGCUGCGCGAGACCGAGGCCACCGGCAAGCCCAUCGACAGCGGGCCCAUCUACGACAUCGCUGUUCAGGACGCGGCCACGCUGGCGGCGCGGUACAGCACCGGCAAGGCGCUGCGCGAGACCGAGGCCACCGGCAAGCCCAUCGACAGCGGGCCCAUCUACGACAUCGCUGUUCAGGUAACUACCAACAUUACUGGACGAGGACGCGGCCACGCUGGCGGCGCGGUACAGCACCGGCAAGGCGCUGCGCGAGACCGAGGCCACCGGCAAGCCCAUCGACAGGGGCCCAUCUACGACAUCGCUGUUCAGCUACCAACAUUACUGGACGAGGACGCGGCCACGCUGGCGGCGCGGUACAGCACCGGCAAGGCGCUGCGCGAGACCGAGGCCACCGGCAAGCCCAUCGACAGCGGGCCCAUCUACGACAUCGCUGUUCAGGUCCUAGGCGUCGACAUCCUCAAAAAACUCCAUACCAACGGUCCCACCGCCGACACCAAGGCCAACAAACAGAACCAGAAAGCGCUCUCUGACACCGAGAAAAUGCUGAGCAACGCCACGGCCCCGCCCGAGUCCAAGCGAGGCCUACUCAAGCCGAAGGUCACCUCGGAGUUGAUGCCUAAGGAGAGGAAGCCGAUGAUAGCCAACUUGGGGCGAGUGAAGUUGACGCCAGUCACGCCGGUCAUCGCGGCGCCGGUCGUCGUGCCUGUGGGGCUAAUAAAAAACACCAACAACACCGGCGCGGUGGCCGAGGAGUGCAUCCUGCCCGACGACGACGACGUGCACGUGGUCGCCGACCCCCCUCCCCCUCCCCCCGCCGCGCCCCGCCGCGCGCCCCGCGCCGCCCCCGUGCUGCUCAACAGCGCCGUCAGCGGCCAGAGACUGUUGCAGGACGAGCGACUCCUCACAAACAUCAAAGUGCCCAUCGCCCCGGCGCCGCAGGCACCACAGGCGCCGGUCGGCGCGACCAUGAUCAAGGUCGUCGGGAGCAGGGCACCGGCCGGGCCGCCGGCGCCGGCGCCCGGCGGCACCAUCUGCCUCGACAGCGACGACGAGGACGCCGCGCCCGCGCCGCCCGUGCCCGUCACGCUCACGGCCGCCACCGGCGCGCGCCUCGAGCUGCGGAUGCCGCGCGAGACCCCCUUGCGGCCGCCGCGACAAGGCCCCGUGCUCGACGCCGCCUACUGCACCGGCGACGCCGCCCCGCCCCCCGCGCCGCGCCCCGCCCGGCUCGCGCCCAAGCCCGCGCCCGCCACCGUGUGCAAGCCGGGCGACAUCAUCCGCAUCGGCAAGACCGGCACGGUCGAGGUGCUGAGCAAGGUGGACUCCGUUCCCGUCUCGCUCGGCCGCUCCGCCCGCCCCGCCGUCGGGAGAACCGCUAGCGAAAUAAUCGCGGGACCGAAAUCGGCCCAGCCGAAGAUCGCUCCUAAACCGGCGUCGCAGCGAGCCGCUCCCGAACCGACCGAGCCGAAAUUGGCUCCCAAACCGACCGAGCCGAAAUUGGCUCCGAAACCGACCGAACAGAUCGCACCGAAGCCGACGGCGAAAUCCGCCGGGCGGGCAGCCGAGAGAGUCGCCCCGAAGCCGGCUCCCAGACCGGCGGACGAGCCCUUCCGUCUGGAUAGCGGCAGCAGCUCGAGCUCGCGCUCCGCCAGCCCCGUCGACGCGGACCCGCUGUCCAUCCUCAAGGACGUGGUGCAGAUCCCGGCCGACCGCUACCAGAACAUCCUCAGCGGUCAGGCCUCCGCCGACCCCUCCCCGAGCGCCCCCAAAGCGAGCUCCUCCAAACCGACCCCCCGUGCUCCACCUUCCAAAGUAAACGCGACUAAGAAACCUCCCGAGAAACAACCCAGUAUCCUCCAAAAAUUAAAUGCGUUAAAAGAAAUAAAGGCGAAGGAAAUGGCUAAGAGACCAGCCGAGAAACCGAAAAAGACCACAACUAUAACCAGUAGUAAGAGCUCGAGCGCAGUGUUCGAUUCCGUCGAUUUAACGGACGUCGUUGCCGCGCCUGCGUCACAGAGCAAACCAGAUAAAGUCGGCAAGAGCUCGGUGACGAUAAAACCGAGCAAGAAGAUUGAAACAGUGGUCGGGACGUCUAAGAACAUCAUAUUGACUACUAAGAACAAGAUUACCGUGGGAUCAGCGCCGUCUAGCUCCAGCAAGAGCUCGGUGCGCGUGACGAACAUGGAGACGGUGGCGCCGGCCACGGUGAAGGGCCGCGUCGACAAGAAGCGGCCCGCCAUCAAACAGGAGCCAGAGGCGCCCAAGAGGAAAAAGACUGAACCCAUGACACUCAAGGAUUUCGACAUAGAUGACAUUGACGACAUCAUCGAGUUGGAAUAAACACUGAGAAUACUUAUCUGGAAAAUAAAAAAAAGAAACCACCUUGACUCUUUGAUACAUACGAGAGCACUAAAUACACAUUACAAAUCGCGAUCGCGAUCCAUCACACGCGUCGCGCGCGCGGGUCGCGAUUUAGUACGUUAACUAGGCAGUUUUUACAUUUGUCGAUAAAUGAACCUACGGCUGAAUCGUGAUCUCUUUUCUCAUGAAAUACUGCCCCGAUUACUGCUAGCGUGUUAAGAUUGCACCCUGACGUAUUUUAGUUUAAAAGCUAUUUUGAUUGUAUGAUUUUUUACGUAAUCUCUUGAUUAUUUGAUUUAAUUUGGUGCUUUGAGUCGUAACACAUACAUCUGGUCUAAAUUAACCUUUUGGACGCCAAUGACCGAUAGAUACGCACCGUAGGUUCAACACCAAAGACCGAUUAAUCGGUCACAGACCACAGAGCAACAUAGACCUACGUGCAUAUGCAUAAAGUUCAAUUUCAGUUUUGACACUUCAGUUACGUGGCGUCCGCGUGACAGCUUUUGUGUUUGGCACGGCAUCGAAAAGGUUAAGGAUUUUUUAAACUGUCAAAAUGUUAGCUUGCCAUCGUUUCAUAAUAACUAUGAUUGAAUUAUUUCAAAGUACGUUUAUCGACAAUUUUCCUAAAAUUUUGGCGGUAGAGCGGGUAGAGUUUGUGCGGAAAGAGAAGAGUCGUUGAAUGUAAGGGAGCCCAUACAUUCUACGUUUCUCCUCUUUCCGCACAUACUAUCACAGACCCUGUCGUGCAACUAUUGACGAUUUGCUGGGUUCUCCAGGUAAAAGUGUUUCGAAUAUUAUGAUAAUAGUAAGUAUAAGCAUGAUUUUAUAAAAGAUUAAGUACACAGUCAGUGUUUUAAACCCUAAUAAGUUACGGAAUGUUGUUUUAUUUUGAUUAUGUUACUAUUUAGUUGCAUAGAUAUCUGUCUUAUUUGAAAAAAUAUUGUUUUGGUUAUUAUGAUCUAAGAGAAUAGAGUGUAUAGAGAGUUACUGUCAUGGUAAAUUAUGUAGCCACAGUACAUUUACUGCCAUCUUUCGACAGAAGAUUAAACUGUUAGAACGCCAUUUGUCUCUGAUUCAGUAGGCCAAAGGUUAUGGUGCUAUCGCUCGAAAAGAUUGACAUAUCAGUGAAAGAAUAAGGAUCAAAGUCAAAUGGCGUUCUAACAGUUUUAAUCUUCUGUCGAAAGAUGGCAGUAAAUUUGCUGUAGCUACAUAAUUUACUUUGACAAUCCGCCUCUAUUUCGAAUUCUCUUUGUUAUGAUAUAAUAAUAAAGAUAUGUCUCUAUCGUAUUUUAUCACUAAGUUCUAGAUGUCCUGUAAAUACUAUCUCAUAAGGCUUGUAUUGAUUGUAUCUGAUUGUGAUCUAACUUUUUAUUUUUCAUAAGCGCUGGUGGAGAAUUGUCUGUGUAGCUAGAAUACUUUGGUCGAUAGUGGAAGCUAAGGCAAGUGUGUAUUGAAUGUACAUUUUUAUUUUUUAUUUUAAUAAUUAUAGAAUACAUUUGUCUUGGACUUUAGAAAUUAUAAAGUGAUUAUAAUGCGCUCAAGCGCGUAAAUAUAUGCUUAGACGAUUACAGUAGUGAAUGUAAUAGGCAUUGCUCUUCGUACAUUUGUUGGUUACUUCACAACUAAAUUGAAAUAAAUAAUGACUUCUAA